AGGGGAGUGGCUCCACAAGAACAGGUAAAGUCAGUAGUAAAGUUUCUUCAGCUGGUGUGCAUGGUCUGAAGUCGUCAUUGCGGUGUAGAACUACACCACUGUAAUCCCGCAGCAGUUUAUCAUGGAUUUUGAUUUGUCAAGUGCUGUGGGCGACGAGAAAGUUGAGAAAUCAAAGGGGAACGAAGUUGAGGGAUUAUUUGGAUUCGGCAAGAAAGACAAAGACAAGGAUAAGGACAAGUCAAAGGACAAGGAUAAGGACAAGUCCAAGGAUAAGGGGUUCUUCUCAUCUGGUGACAAAGACAAGAGUGAACACAAGGAUAAGGAGAAGCACAAGGACAAGGACGGUGGUGAGAAGAAGAAGAAGAAAAAGAAGGAUAAAGAGCAUAAAGAGCAUAAAGAACAUAAAGAGCAUAAUGGUUCUUCCUCCUCCUCCUCGUCAUCCUCAUCCUCCAGCAGUGAUGAAGAGCAUUGAAGCAAGCUUGACAUUCCACUCCACAAGUAAAAAAAGAGCAGAAGGGGAAAAGGGACCUGGGAUUUUACACAUCACCAACUGACUUCUUAUGAAUGAGAUAUGACACAGUCCAUGCCCAGAUUUUGUAAAGUUUAUUUUAUUUUUCCACCUGAAAAAUUAUAAUUGUGAAAUAAAAUGUUUAACACAUUUUCUGUUGAAACAAGCUCUUGUAAUUUUCUCAAUGUUGAAAUCAAUACUUAAUAAAGCACUGGAAAACUGUA